AUGUCGGCGUCGUCUCAAGUGGAUCCACACGACAAGAUGAGAGCGCGAGACGUGAACAAGGCAGCUAAAGGGGAACAAGCUCCACGGCCAGCACUUGAAUACGGCACCGUUUCUUCACCUCCAUCAAUAGGACCCACCUUCUCUGUCUGCCCUCUUCACAAGCUUUCUCAGAGGAUGAAUUACACUACCCAUUCUCAGACCGAGCCCGCUAGCCACUGCUACGCUCGUUACAUUGAGAACAUCAGGUGCCGCCACGAUAGGGGAAAAAAAUCAUGUGAAUGUGAAAUGUUUGCAAAGCAAUAUCUGGGUCCAUGCCCUAUUGAAUGGAUUGAGAGGUGGAAAGGAGAGGGCUAA